AUGGACGUUGAUUGUCCAAUGCUCAGCCUGAAAAGAUCCAGUAGCGCGCCGAUGAUCAACCAAAUGACUUCAGCCAUGUCCACACCAUCUACUUCCUCGUCCAGGGAUGCCGUCUCUUGCAAUAUAUUUUCUAAUUCACCUCGUACACGACGCUUCAGCACCAGUAGCUUUGGUAAUGUUCCUAGAUUGACACCGCGCAUAAGUCAAUUGAGACAGGAGGAGUCCGUGGACAUCGCCGGCCGGGAAGCGGCGCACGAAAGGGAAAUUCAUAGUGCCAUGCAGAUAUCGCAGUCUUGGGAAGAUCUGACGCUGGAGGCUGAGGGAUUGUCGUUUAAGGACUCGGAGUCUCCUAUGCAGCAACUGAGCAAGCCCAUCAAGAGGCCAUUAGACCCCCUGAGUCUGAAUUUGUCCAUCACCGGCUCGCCAUUGUGUUCCUCGCCAUCACCCACAAGAUCUGGCCUCGGUCAGAAGUGUUAUUCUCCAAGCUUCAUGAUGGUUAAUUGGAAGAGCAGUCCUAGCCCCACGAGGAAAUCUUUCGCCACGAGGCGCAGCUUGAGUCCAAUCGCGAUAAGGCCGAGCUGUCUGGGACCAGUAAAAAGGAAAUUCGAGUUGGACGAGACUGGCAGCCAUUUGCAACCGCCUGCGAAACGUACUUCCGGCUUAUUGACGUCGGUUACAUCCAGGAUAGACACGCUGACGAGUCCUCUUCCAAGUGUCAGCUCCGUCGGUACUCCUGAGUCAUUGUCGGGCGCGGAUUCGCCUAGUUUUUCCUUCCGGCCGGUCGACAGUCCGUCGCCAGUACGAGUUGGCCUGAGCACUGACGACUCCCCGACGUUGGACGCCAGCAAUCAAACCAAAAUGUUGGAUCAAGGCCAAGUUGAUCAGAUUAGUCAAGACAAUCAGAGAUGAACAUGAGGGAGAACCUCGUCGGACGUGCGAACGCCCAGAUACAACGUGUCAUACCGAUCCUUGGCGUGCCGAUGUGGAGAGGUAAUAGUAUCUGCACCGUGGUGUUUGCCGAUGGGGAAAGAGGACGGUGCUUGUUCCUGCUACGCGUUGGCAAGAGCUAUGUCAUGAUUGUGAUGCGACGACGUGGAUUUCGCGCUCGAGACGUUUAGUAGUGCGACGUAGUAACGGUCGGAAGAGGAAACGGUCACUUGGAAUGCGCGCUUUUUGAUGAAACACGAAUUGAACAAUUCGAUCGUCAGUAGCGGCACUCGCCUCUGUAGUUUCCGUCUCCUUUUCCUCUCCGACACCGCGAUUCACGCCAGGCUACACAUAUCGACGGAAAGACGCUUCACGUGCGCCUCCUUACAAUCGUAUAAUCACUGCGUUGAAUUUAGUGGAAUAUCUCAGUGAAAUGUUAUCUCUCUCUUUCUCUCUCUCUCUCUCUCUCUCUCUCUCUCUCUCUCUCUCUCUCUCUCUAUCUAU